AUGUCAUACCGCGGCUACCAAGACGAUGCUCCCAGAGAGUCUGGCGGUCGGCGUAAGAAGUUGGCCGGUUAUCUCAAGGCCGCCAACGAGCUGAGACAGUCGUACGCUCCACAGUGGACCCAAUCGAGGGACUUUGCCAACGACAGCGAAGAGCAGCCGGGCGUCUUCCCCGGAGCCGACGUCGUUCGUAGCGGCAAUGAGGAGAUGAUCAUUUUCCCUAGCUAUGCCACAAAACACAUCCGAGCGAAGCCACGCGCCCAACCAGGAACGAUACAACAAGCGUCAGGCACCGGCAGAGAUUCUAGAGAUACUGCAGGCGCAGGAGAUGCUGAAUUCUGGAAGGCGCAAUGGGAUGAGUAUGAACAGGACAAGGCCAUUGUCGACGUCGAUGUCCGUGGCUGGCUAUACACUCCACACCAGGGCCAAUUGAGUCGCAAGCACAGACUCAUGGUCGGCCUCGCGAGACAACUCGUUGGUAUCCAAGCUCCGUCCGGCAGAUCAAGUUCAGCUAGCAGCCGAGCCAGUAGUCGUUCGUCAAGCCCAGUCGGUCAUCAUCGCGAUUCUACAACAAGACAAGAGGAGGAAGCUAUACAAAAACAGGCAGAGGAGAUCUUGAAGAAAGGCGAAAAGGAGGCUGAGAUUGCAGGAAGAGGCGGCUUCAGUGAGCGCCCUUCGAGAUAUGCAGAAAGUACGCGCAGCAGAGAACCUUCUCCAGCACCAAGCACUAGAGGUGGCCCAACAUUCGACGACUUUCUGGCUCCAUCGAGAUCAAACACAUCAAGUUCCGACUUUCUGGACCCUGUGAAGAAGCGCUCGUCAUGGCCGACCCCUGCGAAAAUGUCCUCUGAGCAGCUAGUGACAGCAAACAACCACCUCAUGGCUCGCCUGAGACCUUUCAUGGCCACACCUCUGGCCAAUGCAUCUGUCAGCGCUUUCUUCUACAACGACAAAAUCUCCCGUCAACGCACUGUGCAGACGAAUGCUGCUGGUCACUUUCAUCUACGAGCCCCUCUUGACUUUAUACCGACUCACGUGCGUAUUCUUGCCUCGGAGGAUUUGUCCGCCACAGAAGAAGUCAAGGUCACUCCUGUCAGAGGAGUCAGCAUGAUCAGUGACAUCGACGAUACUAUCAAGCACAGCGCCAUUACUAGUGGUGCUAGAGAGAUUUUCCGCAAUGCCUUCAUUCGCGAUCUGGGCGACUUGACCAUCGAAGGUGUCAGACAAUGGUAUUGUAAACUUGCAGACAUGGGGGUCAAGAUGCAUUAUGUCUCGAACUCACCUUGGCAACUCUACCCUGUCAUCACGGGCUUUUUCAAGGCUGCUGGGCUACCACUUGGAUCAUUCCAUCUGAAGCAAUACAGUGGUAUGUUGCAGGGCAUUUUUGAGCCAGUCGCUGAGCGCAAGAAGGCUACACUUGACCGUCUGUUUCGCGACUUUCCGGAACGCAAGUUUGUCUUGGUCGGAGACAGUGGUGAAGCUGAUCUGGAAGUCUAUACUGAUGUUGUGCUGGAAUAUCCUGGCCGAGUCGUCGCCAUCUUCAUUCGCGACGUCACUUCAAAACCGGAUAAGGGCUUCUUCGAUUCUUCCAUGGGCCCUCUAAGCGGCGAUAGGUCGUCCAAGGGUCAAUUCCGUAACAUGUCCACUGACAGCUUGGUCGGAGCCAAGAGACUGAAUCGUCCAUCUGAUAUACAGGACGACGACGAUGAGCUUAGAAGGGCGAUUGCAGAGUCACUGAAGGAUACUGAACCAGACAGAAGAUCCAUAUUUGGCGGGGAUGUCGCACCAACAAAGAUGCAUGGGGGAAGACCCGGCUUGCCACCACGACGACCUACCGAUCCUCCUGCACCGCAAGCAUCUGCAAUUGAAGACAAUCUCAUCGACUUUAGUGAUGAAGAUAGCACAUCACCAUUGUCAAACGAGCCACAGAAGAGAUCUUACAGCACAUCACUCACCAGAAGACCCGCAAUCCGCUCUCACACAGAGGCUCCCGCCAGACGCGCGACUCCGCCACCUCCCCCCAAACCUCUUGCACUACGUUCACCAUCAGGAGAAGGCAAGACCUUUGCAACCACAGCAUCCCUUCCCCCCUCAAAGUCCUCACCUCCGCCGCCAAAACCACGUAAACCAAGCACGACCGUCAACACGACAAUAGUACCUUCACCACUCUCCCAAGUCAUUGAACCAUCACCCCAAGUGACCGCUCCACCACCUCUGCCAAAACGUCACUACUUGACCUCUGCAAAGCAAAAGCUCUCACCCACGACGGCAUACUUUUCCUCCUCGAGACGGAGUCCUACCUGGGCCUCUGAGAGCAGUGGAACAUCUACACCAGAGAGAGGUUUAAGCACAGCAGCAACGAGAAGUAUGGACGACUUACGCCCCACCGCCACUCCACCCACUGUUGCCCAGCAAAGGCCCAAACCCCCACCACCACGCAGAAACCUAUCACACUACCCAGCGGCCGCAGCCUCGUACGCCUCCAACCGUCUCAGUAGCCAUGAGCCCAUCGACCCUGACGCCCCACUACUUUCCAAAAAAGAAGAAUUGUGGAAACGACGAUGGGCGAAGGCGAAAUCCAUCAUGGAGAGAGAAGGUGUGGUGUUCAGGACUUGGAGGGUCGGUGCUGAUGUGCAAGAUGUUUGUGUAGAAGCCGUUCGGCAGGAAUUGGUAGAGAUGGAGAAGAUGGAUAGGAGGGAUUUGGAGAUUGAAAAGUUAAAGGAGAGGCAGCGUACAAGUGGGAAGGAGGGGAAGUUGAUCUGA